AUGUAUCUACGUCAUCUAAAGACACGGUUACGUCUCAAGACUUCAAUCGACACGGUUCGUUUUUUAUCGCUUCAAGCUUGUGCUUUUAGAGGUCAUGAUGAAAGUACUGAAUCGAGGAACCAGGGUAAUUUUCUUGAGAUGAUAAAACUCAUAGCAUCAUACAAUGAUGAAGUUGCAAAAGUUGUGUUGGAAAAUGCUUCAUUCAAUUCCAAAUAUACUUCACCCAAAAUUCAAAAGGAGUUAUUGAAUAUUCUCUCUAGUAAAGUGAAAAAUCAUAUUCGUGAGGAAAUUGGGGAUUCCAAGUUUUGUAUAGUUGUCGAUGAAGCUCACACUGCAACAAUAACUUUGAAGAAUGAAUUGUGUGUUGUACUAUCUCGACAUAAUCUUAAUGUUUCUAAUAUUCGUGGUCAAGGGUAUGAUGGUGCUAGCAAUAUGAGAGGAGAAUGGAAUGGAUUACAAGCAUUAUUUUUGACUGAUUGUCCUUAUGCAUAUUAUGUUCAUUGUUUUGCUCAUCGGUUACAACUUGCCUUGGUUGCUGCAUCAAGAGAAGUUAUUACAAUUCACCAAUUCUUUUCAAAAUUGACUUUCAUUGUCAAUAUUGUUUGCUCUUCUAGUAAACGUCAUGAUGAGUUACAGGCUGCGAAGUUAGAUGAAAUUGCAUAUUUGUUAGAAAUUGAUGAGCUUGAAAAGGGUAAAGGGGCAAAUCAAAUUGGUACUUUAAAACGAGCUGGGGAUACCCGUUGGAGCUCCCAUUUCUCUUCUAUUUGUAGAUUGAUCAAUAUGUAUGAUGCAACUUGUUUAGUUCUAGAAAAAAUUACUGUUGAUGGAUCUACUUAUUCACAACGUGGUGAUGCUGAUAAUGCUUACAAAAGCUUGACCUCAUUUGAGUUUAUACUGAUCUUGUAUUUGAUGAGAGAAAUUAUGGGGAUAACAGAUGUUCUUUGUCAAGCAUUACAACAACAAUCUCAGGAUAUAGUUAAUGUUAUGCGUCUAGUUUGUUCUACAAAAGGACUUAUUCAAAACUUGAGAGAAAAUGGUUGGGAUAAGUUAUUAAAAAAUGUGACUUCUUUUUGUGAAAAACAUGAUAUUGAGGUGCCUAAUUUUGGGGCUUCUUAUGUAGCAAGGGAUAUUGCAACUAGCUUGAGCUCUGAUUCAAUUAUUGAAGAUUUUAAGUCAUUGAAAGAGCAUAAAGGAGCACUUUAA